CGGAUAAAAUACUCGAGUCGCUAUCUCCAAAGGCGCAGCGGACUCUUUUUUCCAUAGACGCAAACGUCGGCCUCCGCGGACCACACCCUGCGCUAAUCCAAACCUCCCCCGUGCCAAUCCCGCCUCCUUUUCUCCUCCGUCGAUGGUGGCGCUCAAUCUCGCUGCGAAUCCCACAGGGCCUUCUAAUUGAGCUGAUCGGAAGGGGUUUUUUCCAUUUGACUGGAUGCUGGCGAUCUGCUCGGCCGGAGCGCCCGUCAACCUCUGCCUUCUUCAGGGCGAGAGGGGCACCGGCCGUGGAGGUUGCAUCGGGGGCCUAUCGGCGAAGGUCGGACGGUGGCGAUGCACUGGCCGCGGUCGCUUGCCGGUCUCUGCUCGAGCUCGGCUUUCUAAGUUCUUCUCUUCCCCGAUCGGUUUGGAUUCUCAGACCUUUCAAACUCAAGAUGUAUCUCAAAUGCUGUGGAUUGGUCCUGUACCCGGUGACAUUGCUGAAGUGGAGGCAUAUUGUAGGAUCUUCCGAGCUGCUGAACAAUUGCAUUCUGCUAUAAUGGGCACUUUGUGCAAUGCAGAAACUGGAGUAUGUGCUGUUCCUUAUGAUAUCCCUUCUGAGGAAAUGCCCAUGCUUGAAGACAAGAUAGUCGCAAUACUUGGCUGCAUGUUAGCAUUACUAAAUAGAGCUAGAGCAGAUGUCUUGUCAGGGAGGUCAUCUAUCAUGAGUUCAUUCAAGGUCUCAGAUAUUACUACUUUGGAUGGUAAGGUUCCGCCACUUGCUGCUUUCAGGAGUGAAAUGAAAAAGUGCUGUGAGAGUUUGCAAGUUGCUCUUGCAAGUGUUUUUACACCCAUUGAUGAUCGCAGCAUUGAUAUCUUGAGGAGACUGCAAAGGUUGAAGAACGUAUGUUAUGAUGCUGGAUUUGCACGCCCUGAUGGCUAUCCUUGUCCAACAAUUUUUGCCAACUGGGGUCCUGUAUACUUCUCCACUAGGAAAGAGGACAGCGUGUUGGAAGAUUCUGAGAUAGCAUUUUGGCGGGGUGGUCAACUAACAGUCGAGGGUUUGACAUGGUUGUUGGAGAAAGGAUUUAAAACAAUUGUAAAUUUGAGGGAAGAGGCAUCCAAUGAUGAAUACUACCUAGAUACUGUUCAAAAAGCCAUUUCACAUGGAAAGAUAGAGUUGAUAAAUUUACCUGUUGAAGUUGGGACUGCUCCUUCGGUAGAACAGGUUGAACAGUUUGCUACGUUAGUUGAAGAUCCAAAUCAAAGGCCUAUCUAUCUGCAUAGCAGGGAAGGUGUCGGUAGAACUUCUGCCAUGAUUUCAAGGUGGAGGCAGUAUAUAACACGGUCUUCUUCAGUUUCAACCCUCCACUCUAACAUGAAUGGAAAAGCAUGGAAAAACACAACAGAAGAGGAAAGCCUAAACCCACAUAAUCCUAUGUUACCAUUGUCUAAGGAAAACACAUCUUUAAGAGAUGACCUCAUUCUGCAUUCUUCAUCAGAUGUGUUUAUUGGUAACAAAAAUCAAGGUUUUCCAGCUCCAGCAGUUGAAAACCAGCAUGAAAAGAUGAACCGCGAGGUUGUUUUAAUAGAUAACUCACAAUCAGAACAACGAAAUUAUGAUGCUAAUGCAAACAUAAGCUCCAACUUCUCUAUAUGCAGCGAUCCUCUUAGGUCACAGUUUCCUACAUGCAACAUUUUAUCAAGGAAAGAAAUGAUCACAUUUUUCAGAAGUAGUGAGUUUGCUCCAAAAACCUAUAUGAAUAAUCUAAAGAAGAAGUCUACAAUGUUAUCAGUUACAAGUGUGCCAUCUCAACUAAGGGAUCAAGCUAAUGGAGCUUCAGAGGGUCUCAAGUUACCAGUUCAAAUUCAGUCUCAAAUUCCAAAGGCAGAACCUACUGAUGGUAACCUCCAUUUUAACAUUAGUACCACCACUGGCCUAAAUGGAAAACCUAUCAGUACUGCAGCUGAUGUGGAUGGCUAUCCUAAAUGGGUAGGCACUGCAACUACUGAACCUAAUGCUAUAAGAAAUGCGAACAAUAGUAAUGGUGAGCAAGUUUUAAGUAUCACUGGGGGAAAAGAAAAAAGGAAAGAUGCUAAAAAUUCCUCGGAGAUGGACGACAAUGCUUUGGCUCUUGGUGGAGAUAUGUGUGCUUCAGCUACUGGUGUAGUUCGGCUUCAAUCAAGAAGAAAAGCAGAGAUGUAUCUGGUACGUACCGAUGGGUUUUCUUGCACCAGGGAAAAGGUAACAGAAUCAUCUUUGGCUUUCACACAUCCAAGCACCCAACAACAAAUGCUCAUGUGGAAGUCUCCUCCAAAGACUGUGCUACUGUUAAAGAAGUUAGGGAAGGCACUUAUGGAAGAAGCCAAAGAGGUUGCUUUGUUUCUUUACCAUCAAGAGAAAAUGAAUGUUCUUGUAGAGCCUGAUGUGCACGAUGUAUUUGCUAGGAUCCCUGGUUUUGGUUUUGUGCAGACCUUCUAUAAUCAAAAUACCAGUGACCUUCAUGAGAGAGUUGAUUUUGUGGUUUGUUUGGGAGGUGAUGGUGUCAUUUUACAUGCUUCAAACUUAUUUAGAGGUGCAGUUCCUCCUGUUGUCUCAUUUAAUUUGGGGUCUCUUGGAUUCCUCACAUCCCAUCCUUUUGAAGAGCACAAACAAGACUUAAGAGCGAUUAUCUAUGGGAACAACACAGUAGGAGUCUAUAUUACUCUUCGAAUGCGUUUGCGAUGUGAAAUAUUUCGCAGUGGAAAGGCGGUUCCUGGGAAAGUGUUCGAUGUUCUAAAUGAAGUAGUAGUCGACCGUGGUUCUAACCCAUACCUUUGCAAAGUCGAGUGUUAUGAGCAUAAUCAUCUUAUAACCAAAGUACAAGGUGAUGGGGUUAUAGUAGCCACACCAACUGGAAGCACAGCCUACUCAACAGCUGCUGGGGGGUCCAUGGUCCACCCAAAUGUUCCGUGCAUGCUAUUUACUCCGAUUUGUCCGCAUUCUCUUUCAUUUAGGCCCGUCAUACUUCCUGAUUCUGCACAGCUAGAGAUGAAGAUUCCUGAAGACGCGAGAAACAACGCAUGGGUUUCGUUUGACGGCAAAAGACGACAGCAACUCUCUAGAGGAGAUUCCGUUCGUAUAGCAAUGAGCCAACACCCACUCCCAACUGUAAAUAAAUCUGAUCAGACAGGAGAUUGGUUCCAUAGCUUGAUUCGAUGCUUGAACUGGAACGAACGGAAGGUUCAGAAGGCACUAUGACUUCGAGAGCUUAACCCCCACCUGACCCCAAAUAGCUUACACAUCGGUACAUACUAUACCUCCCUUCCAAACUCGAGCAACGACCUUCAAAGACCUCUGCUACGUCUGUACAUAGUACAAACCAUCAUGAUGCCUAAUGCUCAAAGUCGUGAACAUCAUGAAGAUUUUGUUGGGCUUCUACACUGAUUACUCCUUCGAGAAGGCAUCGUUCCUGAAACUUUUUUUUCGUUAAUACACCGAGAAUUCUGUUAGUUGUAUACUUCCAUGUAAGAUAACAAAGAGAUCAUGUUUUCUCUUCAGCCUUGUUCAAACUUCUGUUGGAAGUUUGAAUUAUCUAUAGUUCAUAAUCUUCAUCACAGCAGAAUCAUGUUGAUCAACAAUUAAUGGAGUUCAAGAAAACCCGAUUUGGAACUACUA